CGAUGUUGCCGAAAAGAGUUUCCACCUAAUAAGGCUAGCGCCAUCUACAUCAUCAACAUCUCUCUCUUCCCCAUUCAUCCUCCGCGUCUGCGACAUUGACUCCAAUCACUCACUCCGCUUCAUUGUCCUGAGUUGGCAUUGCACAUCAUUGCCCGGGGCACUCAUUCAUUGUGCUCGUGUGCUCACAUUUGAGGUGUGGUUCUGCGGCUCAACCCAUGCUCGCGACAGCAAAGAGAACCCGCUGGCUUUUAUGCAACGAUCUAUUGUGUCUUCCGAAUCUCGAAAACGACUGCAGCGCCGUACGCAUCCCCCGCAUACGACUACUACCCGCGGACAUGAAUUCUUGCUGAAGAUCGGCUUAUAAUCCUCCUUGACAAUACAGAUACCCACCAUUCAUCAGAUGUUCAUAUUGUGAAUACAACCGGUCCCUAGCGGAACGUGAGAAAUCAGCAUUGAGCAAAGAAUGGCAUCCCGACCGUCGGUCGAGCCCCAGGGCAGACCUGAACCAGGGCAGAUUCUCAUCGUUAUUCACGAUUUCUCGGCGCGAAGCUCGGAUGAGUUGAGCUUGUCAAAAGGAGACCGUGUCGAGUUGAUCGAGCGCGACGAUGAUUUUGGCGACGGAUGGUACUUGGGACGGCACCUAAUGAAUGGGAGUAGUGGACUGUUUCCCGAGGUUUAUACAAGAAUAGCCCCUCGUGGACCACCUUCCUAUCCUCCCACUUCCUCAAUACCUCGAUCGAAUCCACCAAUAGUUCAACCGUCGACUGGACUAGCCGCGCAACCUCAAAUACCUCCUAUUGCGGAAGACACCACGAAAACUACGGAGCCAGCAACGACCAUGCCACUGAAUGGGGCAGACGACGUGGCGCAGACAAGUCAACAUGCAGCCCUUGAAAAACCCAAUAUCACAUCGCCUCUGAACACAACCCAUAUUUCCCAUGAACCCGAAAACCCAAUGCCUACGAUUUCGACUUCCCUUCCCAUGGGCCCACAAAAGAAUGUUCUGGCUGCAGCUAAGGCGCACGCUCAUGGUCAGGAUAGUCCAGUGAUGAACGAGACUUUGAGUGUAAUUGACGAACACAUUACCGACAUGAACUCGCCUCAUCACAGUGCUACUCCCACAGAACGACAUGUCGCCAACGAUUCUGGAAGCGAGUACAGCAGCCACAUCGACCAACGCCUCUCGUACAUCAACGGUGAAGAAACCGACGAAGAAGAUGAAAAUCUACACACAAAAGACGAAGUCUCGGUCUGGACACCGGAUCAAGUAGCUGAAUACUUAUUCACUGUCGGCGUCGAAACAAAGCAUUGCGAGGUGUUUCGCGAUCAGGAGAUUACCGGAGAUGUUCUUCUCGGCAUGGAUCAAACUUCUGUCUUUCUGAAAGAAUUCGAGUUGGGUCCUGUAGGACGCAGGCUCAAAACAUGGCAGAAAAUCAAGGUGUUACAGGAUGAAGUCAAUGGAAUAUCGUCCACCAGACGGAAUACCGCAACGUACGGUAGCGAGGUUGGCUCAGACUCAACUGGUCGACAUGGAAGUCGUAGCAUAAGUUCAUCCACUAUGCUCCCCAGGAUCCCGAGUAUGAAUGAAGGGACAAUGUCGAGAACAAACACGCGUCUUUCUAAUCAACAACCCUUUCGAAGCGAGCCGUCUCCAAUCACCUCUCCAAUAUCGCCCAAAACAGUUCAGGAGAGCGUAAGACCAGGCGCAGGUGAAAAACGACGACCGUCGGCUGCAUCUAUUCGCGAUCUUCAUCAUUCUCGCCAAAGCUCUGUCAAUGAGUAUAGCACUCCGUCACUUAUGGGCACCAUUGCACCAGAUGCUUUGACAGCUUCACCAAAAGUACAGGAUGGGUCACACAAAAAGCAACCAUCAUUUGAUAGGAAUUGGACAAUGGGUUCAGCUGUCUCACCGUCAUUGCCAAGUCGCCCACUAUCUUCUUCUGGAAUCAAAGCUGCGGCGAGGAGCACUAUGGAACAUGCAUCCCAGAACGCACCUGCAUCAACAAAUCUAGAGGCUCUUGACCGGGGAUAUUUCUCUGGUGGCGAUGUUGAAGGACGACAAAGGAAUGUUCUAAAGAAGAGAGGGAGCACAGCAACACAUUCUCGGAACUCUAGCUAUACUGACGAACAAAGGGUGCGUAGUGCGACUGCGCAUUCACGUCAUUCUAGAUUUGGAAGUGUCGACUCUAUUCAAGGCGGUCCAUCUCCAGCUGCACAAAAGUACUAUAAUUUGUCGGUCAAUGGACGUCGUAGGACUCCUUCAGAAAAUUCCAUCAAUGCACCCCCGCGGCCAUUGCCCCCUCCGAAAGACGUUCCUUCUCCGACUGUCACAAGACUCGAAGGCGGUUCUUAUGAAAACAGUCCGCUACCUAAGUCUCCUGAAGCUGUGACUGGCCGUGGUGCAGACUGGCUGCUCCCUACGAAGUCCAUCACGAACCGACAUUUUGGUCUCCGAGCUAUCUCAGAUGCAGUCACUGGACAUGAGAAAUCCCGAGUUACCUCACCUACAGAGCCUAUCCCGUCGCCUAUGAAAGAUUCACCGAUGCAAUCUCCUUCCAGAACAGGGUCGAGUACACCAUCAGCUGGGCCGAGCUUCGACCUCGAUUCUCCGGAUGCUAAAAGCUCAAUGACAAUGAACUCUCUCAGCUCGAAAGCCACAACCAGGAAGAAGUCUAAAAAGGAGACGAGUGCUUACACCCGGGGUCUAGAAAAGAAGACACCACAGGAGCAAAUGAUUAGCGCAGACUACAGUGGAUGGAUGAAGAAAAAGAGCCCAAACCUGAUGACGACAUGGAAGCCACGUCUGUUCAUCUUGAAAGGACGUCGCUUAUCAUACUAUUACUCGGAAAACGACACGGAAGAGAAAGGGCUGAUCGAUAUUUCCUUCCAUCGAGUCCUUCCUGCUGACAAUGAUCGAUUGACUGGACUGCAUGCAACACUCACUGGAGCUACGAAUAGUCCUACCAGCCCUGCUGGUGCUACCACCACCAUGGCUGCUAAGGAUGCCGCAGCAGAACCUGAGUCGACCCUUAGCAAGCCAAGUAAUGAACAGAUGUUCAUUUUCAAGCUAGUCCCUCCUCGAGCUGGGCUUACUAAGGCCGUAACAUUCACCAAGCCUACCAUCCACUACUUUGCCGUACCAAACAUCAAACAAGGUCGUUUAUGGAUGGCAGCACUGAUGAAGGCGACGAUUGAUAGAGAUGACUCCAAGCCCAUCACAACAACAUAUCAGCAGAAGACUAUUUCCCUCGAGAAAGCUCGCCGUAUGCGUCACCGUCCACCAGCGCUUAUGAACCUCGACGAGCAUGUGGAUGAAGAGGCUAUGAAGACACCUGCAAGUGACAAGAAUGGGUUAAACAUUCAUGGCAUUAUUUUCGAUAAAGACGACCAAGAGGGCGAUAGUGGCGUAUCUGGAGUUUCGAAUUUUGAUUCCCAAAAGCCGGAGAGUGCUACAGGCACAUUUCUUAGCAGCAUGAAUGGUACCGAGGAGACGACUGUCCCGGAACCGCGGACUGCUUGAUGCAUGAACGGAUGCCUCGAGAGCUAACGACUAAUUUCUC